AUGAUGGAUAUUCUUAUCAUUUUUUUCUUAGUUUUUAUUGGAACUUCAGAGACACAGGUUGAUGUUUCUAAUGCUGUUCCUGGUACUAGAUAUGAUGUAACCAUCUCUUCCAUUUCUGCUACAACAUAUAGCUCACCUGUUAGUAGAACAGUGACAACUAAUGUAACCAAACCAGGGCCUCCAGUCUUCCUAGCAGGAGAAAGAGUGGGAUCUGCUGGGAUUCUUCUGUCUUGGAACACACCCCCUAAUCCAAACGGAAGGAUUCUCUCCUACGUUGUGAAGUAUAAGGAGGUUUGCCCAUGGAUGCAAACAGUAUAUACACAAGUUAGAGCAAAGCCAGACAGUCUGGAAGUUCUUCUUACUAAUCUUAAUCCUGGAACAACAUAUGAAAUCAAGGUUGCUGCUGAAAACAGCGCUGGCAUUGGAGUGUUUAGUGAUCCAUUUCUCUUCCAAACUGCAGAAAGUGCUCCAGGAAAAGUGGUGAAUCUCACAGUCGAGGCCUUUAACUAUUCAGCAGUAAACCUGAUUUGGUAUUUACCUCGGCAACCAAAUGGCAAAAUUACCAGUUUCAAAAUUAGUGUCAAACACGCCAGAAGUGGGAUAGUGGUGAAAGAUGUCUCAAUCCGAGUGGAGGACAUUUUAACAGGGAAAUUGCCAGAAUGCACUGAGAGUAAUGAAUCUUUUUUAUGGAGUACAACCAGCCCUACUCCGACUCUCAGCAGAGGCACACCUCCGUCACGCACCACAUAUUCAUCGAGCCCCUUGGCACGAAGUAAGAUAAGCUCCGUAUGGAAAGAGCCUAUCAGUUUUGUAGUGACACAUUUGAGACCUUAUACGACAUAUCUUUUUGAAGUUUCUGCUGUUACAACGGAAGCGGGUUAUAUUGAUAGUACAAUUGUCAGAACACCAGAAUCAGUGCCUGAAGGACCACCACAAAACUGUGUAACAGGCAACAUCACAGGAAGGUCCUUCUCAGUUUCAUGUGACCCACCACCUAUAGUAACUGGGAAAUUUAGUUACAGAGUUGAAUUAUAUGGGCCAUCAGGUCGGAUUUUGGAUAACAGCACAAAAGACCUUAAGUUUGCAUUCACUAACCUAACACCAUUUACAAUGUAUGAUGUGUACGUUGCAGCUGAAACCAGUGCAGGGAUUGGUCCCAAAUCAAAUAUUUCAAUAUUCACUCCCCCAGAAGUUCCAGGUGCAGUAUUUGAUUUACAGCUGGCAGAAGUAGAAGCCACAUACAUAAGAAUUACUUGGAAGAAACCACGACAACCAAAUGGAAUCAUUAGUCAAUACCGAGUGAAAGUGCUAGUUUCAGAGACAGGAAUAAUUUUGGAAAAUACUUUGCUCACGGGAAAAAAUGAGUAUGUAAGCAACCCCAUCAUUCCAGAAACUGUGAACACAGUAGAUUCAAUGGCAGAAUUAUUUGAGGGUUCAGCAGAGAUAUCUUCUGACCUGUACGCAAUUGCUUCAGUUAUGUAUAACAAUUAUCCACGUAACAAAUUUCCUGCGAGGAAUAGAGUUGAAGACCAGCAUUCAACAGUUGGAACUACAUGGAACCAGCAUAUCACUGACAUUGCUGCUGAACAGCUGUCUUACGUUAUCAAGAGACUCGUACCUUUCACUGAGCACAUGAUUAGUGUAUCUGCUUUCACCAUCAUGGGAGAGGGACCACCAACGGUUCUCAAUGUGAGGACACUUGAGCAAGUGCCAAGCUCCAUUCAAAUUAUAAACUAUAAAAAUAUUAGUUCUUCAUCUAUUUUGUUAUAUUGGGAUCCUCCAGAAUACCCCAAUGGAAAAAUAACUCAUUAUACAAUUUAUGCAAUGGAACUGGAUACAAACAGAGCUUUCCAGAUGACUACUGUAGAUAACAGCUUUCUCAUAACAGGGUUAAAGAAAUACACAAAAUAUAAAAUGAGGGUGGCUGCUUCAACCCAUGUUGGCGAAAGUUCUUUGUCUGAAGAAAAUGACCUCUUUGUGAGAACUCCAGAAGAUGAACCAGAAUCAUCGCCUCAAGAUGUGGAAGCUACUGAUGUUACGGCAAAUGAAAUAAGUUUGAAGUGGUUACCACCUGAGAAACCCAAUGGGAUUAUUGUUGCUUAUGAAGUUCUCUAUAAAAAUAUAGAUACCUUAUUCAUGAAAAACACCUCAACAACAAAUAUAAUUUUAAGGGACUUAAAACCUUACAGCCUCUAUAACAUUUCUGUAAGGUCUUACACCAGAUUGGGUCAUGGCAAUCAGUUAUCUUCUUUACUCUCCAUAAGAACUGCUGAGACUGUGCCUGAUAGUGCACCAGAAAAUAUUACUUACAAAAAUAUUUCUUCUGGAAAGAUUGAAAUAUCAUUCCUUCCCCCAAGUAGUCCCAAUGGAGUAAUACAAAAAUAUACAAUUUAUCUCAAGAGAAGUAAUGGAAAUGAGGAAAGAACUAUAGAUACAACCUCUUUGACCCAGAGCAUUGAAGGACUGAAGAAAUAUACCCAAUAUAUGAUUGAGGUGUCUGCUAGUACGCUCAAAGGUGAAGGAGUUCGGAGUGCACCCAUAAGUGUACUAACAGAAGAAGGUGCUCCUGAUUCUCCCCCCCAUGACUUCUCUGUAAAACAGUUGUCUGGUGUCACGGUGAAGUUGUCAUGGCAACCACCGCUGGAGCCAAAUGGAAUUAUCCUCUAUUACACAGUUUAUGUCUGGGAUAGGUCAUCAUUAAAAACUAUUAAUGUAACUGAAACAUCGUUAGAGUUUUCAGAUUUGGACUACAAUGUUGAAUAUAGUACAUAUGUAACAGCUAGCACCAGAUUUGGUAAUGGGAAAACAAGAAGCAAUAUUAUUAAUUUUCGAACACCUGAGGGAGUACCGAGUGAUCCUCCCAAAGAUGUUCAUUAUGCAAAUAUCAGUUCUUCAUCAAUAAUUCUCUUUUGGACGCCACCUUCAAAACCUAAUGGGGUUAUACAAUAUUAUUCUGUUUAUUACAGAAAUACUUCAGGUACUUUUGUGCAGAAUUUUACACUCCAUGAAGUAACCAAUGACUUUGACAAUAUGACCGUAUCUGCAAUAAUAGAUAAAUUGGCAAUAUUCAGCUACUAUACAUUUUGGGUAACAGCAAGUACUUCAGUUGGAAAUGGGAAUAAAAGCAGUGACAUAGUUCAAGUAUACACAGAUCAAGACAUACCUGAAGGGCCUGUUGGAAACCUGACUUAUGAGUCCAUUUCGUCAACUGCCAUAAAUGUAAGCUGGGGCCCACCUUCUCAACCAAACGGUGUAGUCUUCUACUAUGUUUCUCUGAGCUUACAGCAGACUCCUCGCCACGUAAGACCACCUCUAGUUACAUAUGAGACGAGCAUGUAUUUUGAUAAUCUGGAAAAAUACACUGAUUAUAUAUUAAAAAUCACUCCAUCAACAGAAAAGGGAUUCUCUGAUAUCUAUACUGCCCAGCUACACAUCAAAACUGAAGAAGAUGUCCCAGAAACUUCACCAAUAAUCAACACUUUUAAAAACCUUUCCUCUACCUCAGUUCUCUUAUCAUGGGAUCCCCCAGUAAAACCAAAUGGUGCAAUAAUAAGUUAUGAUUUAACUUUACAAGGACCAAAUGAAAAUUAUUCUUUCAGUACUUCUGAUAACUAUAUAAUAUUGGAAGAGCUUUCACCAUUUACAUUAUAUAGCAUUUUUGCUGCUGCAAGAACUGUAAAAGGACUCGGUCCUUCCAGUAUUCUUUUCUUUUACACAGAUGAGUCAGUGCCUUUAGCACCUCCUCAAAAUUUGACUUUAAUCAACUACACUUCAGACUCUGUGUGGCUGAAAUGGCGCCCGAGUCCUGUCCCAGGCGGUAUUGUUAAAGUAUAUAGUUUUAAAAUUCAUGAACAUGAAACUGAUACUAUAUUUUAUAAGAAUAUUUCAGGCUUUCAAACUGAGGCCCAGCUUGUUGGGCUGGAACCUGUCAGCACGUACUCUGUCAGCAUAUCUGCCUUCACCAAAGUGGGAAAUGGCGACCAAUUUAGUAAUGUACUCGAAUUCACAACCCGAGAAUCAGUUCCAGAUGUUGUACAGAACAUAGAGUGUGUGGCAACUAGCUGGCAGUCCGCUUUAGUGAAGUGGGACCCACCCAAAAAGGCUAAUGGAAUAAUUGUUCAUUAUCUGAUAACUGCUGAAAGAAAUUCUACUAAAGUUCCUCCCCAAGAUCACAUGUAUACUUUCACGAAACUUCUUGCCAAUACCUCGUAUGUCUUUAAAAUAAGAGCUUCAACUUCAGCUGGUGAAGGCGAUGAAAGUACUUGCAACAUCAGCACUCUACCUGAAACAGUUCCCAGCGUUCCUACAAAUAUUGCUUUUUCUAAUGUUCAGUCAACUAGUGCAACAUUGACAUGGAUGAGGCCUGACACUAUCUUUGGUUACUUCCAAAAUUACAAGAUUACCACUCAGCUUCGGGCUCAGAAAUGCAGGGAAUGGGAGUCUGAAGAAUGUAUUGAAUCUCAAAAAGUUCAAUACCUCUAUGAAGCUGACCUAACUGAAGAGACAGUGUAUGGAUUAAAGAAAUUUAGAUGGUACAGAUUCCAAGUGGCUGCCAGCACCAAUGCCGGCUAUGGCAACGCUUCAGGUUGGAUAUCUACACAAACCCUGCCUGGCCCUCCAGAUGGUCCUCCUGAAAAUGUGUAUGUAGUAGCAACAUCACCUUUUAGCAUCAACAUCAGUUGGAGUGAACCUGCUGUCAUUACUGGACCAACAUUCUAUCUGAUAGAUGUCGAAUCGGUAGAUAGUGAUGAAUUUAAUAUUUCCUUAAUCAAGUCAAAUGAAGAAAAUAAAACCAUAGAAAUUAAAGAUUUAAAAAUAUUCACAAGGUAUUCUGUGGUGAUCACUGUAUUCACUGGAAACGUGAGUGCUGCAUAUACAGAAGGAAAGUCGAGUGCUGCAGUGAUUGUUACUACUUUAGAAUCAGUCCCUAAGGAUCCGCCUAACAACAUGACAUUUCAGAAGAUACCAGAUGAAGUUACAAAAUUUCAGUUAACAUUCCUUCCUCCUUCUCAACCCAAUGGAAAUAUCCGAGUAUAUCAAGCUCUAGUUUACCGAGAAGAUGAUCCUACUGCUGUCCAGAUUCACAACCUCAGUAUUAUCCAGAAAACUGACACGUCCGUCAUUGCAAUGUUAGAAGGACUAAAAGGUGGACAUACAUACAAUAUCAGUGUUUAUGCAAUCAAUGGUGCUGGUGCAGGGCCAAAGGUUCAGAUGAGAAUAACCAUGGAUAUUAAAGCUCCAGCACGACCAAAAACCAAGCCAACCCCUAUUUAUGACGCCACAGGGAAAUUGCUUGUGACUUCAACAACAAUUACAAUCAGAAUGCCAAUAUGUUACUACAAUGAUGAUCAUGGACCAAUCAAAAAUGUGCAAGUGCUUGUAGCAGAAGCUGGAGCUCAGCAUGAUGGAAAUGUAACAAAGUGGUAUGAUGCAUAUUUUAAUAAACCAAGGCCAUAUUUUACAAAUGAAGGCUUUCCUAACCCUCCAUGUACAGAAGGAAAGACAAAGUUUAGUAGCAAUGAAGAAAUCUACAUCAUAGGUGCUGAUCAUGCAUGUAUGAUUCCGGGCAAUGAAGACAAAAUUUGCAAUGGACCUCUGAAGCCAAAAAAGCAGUAUUUAUUUAAAUUUAGAGCCACAAAUAUCAUGGGACAAUUUACUGACUCUGAUUACUCUGACCCUGUUAAGACUUUAGGUGAAGGACUUUCAGAAAGAACUGUGGAGAUUAUUCUUUCAGUCACUUUGUGUAUCCUUUCAAUCAUUCUUCUUGGAACAGCUAUUUUUGCAUUUGCAAGAAUUCGCCAGAAGCAGAAAGAAGGUGGCACAUACUCUCCUCGCGAUGCAGAAAUUAUUGACACUAAAUUCAAGCUGGAUCAGCUCAUCACAGUGGCAGACCUGGAACUGAAGGAUGAGAGAUUAACGCGGUUACUUAGUUAUAGAAAAUCCAUCAAGCCAAUAAGCAAGAAAUCCUUCCUGCAGCAUGUUGAAGAGCUUUGCACAAACAACAACCUAAAGUUUCAAGAAGAAUUUUCGGAAUUACCAAAAUUUCUUCAAGAUCUUUCUUCAACUGAUGCUGACCUGCCCUGGAACAGAGCAAAAAACCGCUUUCCAAACAUAAAGCCAUACAAUAAUAACAGAGUGAAGUUGAUAGCUGAUGCUAGUAUUCCAGGAUCAGAUUAUAUUAAUGCCAGCUAUGUUUCUGGUUACUUAUGUCCAAAUGAAUUUAUUGCUACUCAAGGUCCAUUACCAGGGACAGUCGGGGACUUUUGGAGAAUGGUUUGGGAAACCAGAGCAAAAACAUUAGUAAUGCUAACACAGUGUUUUGAAAAAGGGCGGAUCAGAUGCCAUCAGUAUUGGCCAGAAGACAACAAACCAGUUACUGUGUUUGGAGACAUAGUGAUUACAAAGCUAAUGGAGGAUGUUCAAAUAGAUUGGACCAUCAGGGAUCUGAAAAUUGAAAGGCACGGGGAUUGCAUGACUGUUCGACAGUGUAACUUCACUGCUUGGCCUGAGCAUGGGGUUCCUGAAAACAGUGCCCCUCUCGUUCACUUUGUGAAGUUGGUUCGAGCAAGCAGAGCACAUGACACCACACCUAUGAUUGUUCACUGCAGUGCUGGAGUUGGAAGAACUGGAGUGUUUAUUGCCCUGGACCACUUAACACAACAUAUAAAUGAUCAUGAUUUUGUGGAUAUAUAUGGACUAGUAGCUGAACUGAGAAGCGAAAGAAUGUGCAUGGUGCAGAACCUGGCACAGUAUAUCUUUUUACACCAAUGCAUUCUGGAUCUCUUAUCAAGUAAAGGAAGUAAUCAGCCCAUCUGUUUUGUUAACUAUUCAGCACUUCAGAAGAUGGACUCUUUGGAUGCCAUGGAAGGUGAUGUUGAGCUUGAAUGGGAAGAAACCACCAUGUAA